CGGGUGACGUAGGCCGUCCCCGGAGCCAAUGGGCAUUGAGAUCCUCGCAGGCUGGCAGAGGGGGCCGACGCAGCAGGACCCGCGGCGGAGGGAGGGCAGGCAUGGCCCGGAACGGCGGGGGAAACCCCUUCGAGGGGGACCCGGGGAAUCCCUUCCAGGACCCAGCCGUCACCCAGCACAGACCAAGCUCCGAAUACGCCACCUUGGAUGUCUACAAUCCCUUUGAAAACCCGGGGCAGCGUGAGCCCCCUCCGUAUGAAUCCCGGCCUUCGGUUCCACCUGCCCCGCCACUUCCAGCCCCACAACUCCCCAAGAAGACAAGCCCCACAGAACCCAGGAAUUAUGGCUCCUAUGGAACUCAGCCAGAGACAGGCACCACCUUCACGCCUUGUCUGUCAGCUUCUGCAGGCAUCUGCUCGGCAGCCGCUGGAAGCCACCGGCUGGAAGAGAGCAGCUGGCUCAGCCUCCGGGAGCUCUUGGAAGGGCUGAGCCGCUAUUAG